AAAAAACGCUAUUUAGAGAAGAUUUCUUGUGUUGGAAUCGAUCCUGUCUUGAUACCAGACAAAACGUACGAUCCAGAGUGCGUGCCUCCUGUCGAAUCCAUGGAUUUAUUGUCGUUUUUGGUGCUCGACACGAGUUAUUACAGUAAGGACCAAUUUAAGGAUUAUAGAAGUUUGCAGUCUUAUAACCAGUUGGUUUCAGGAUUUGUAAGUAGCGUUAAAGGACAAAAAAUAGGCAACAAAUACAUAGUGUCUGGGAAAGUCAGACAUUCACAAAGAAUGAACGAUCCAUUUGUCGCACUUUGGAUAAUAACCGAACACAAUGGUACGGUUCUCUUCGCUCACUGUGUGGGAUGCAUGGCGGGUCAAGGGGAGUGCUGAUCGCAUAUCGCAAGUGUUUUGUUCUACAUCGAGGCAUGGAAUCGGAUAAACGAAAAAUUAACCUGUACACAGGUAAAAUGCACCUGGCUGUUACCCACCGCUGUGAAAGAGGUUGCUUAUGCCCCAAUCGCUGACAUUGAUUUUCGCUCAGCAAAGAGACUUAAGCGAAAUUUGGACGAAACCAUCAACAAUUUGACGACUACCAAAGGAAGUACAGGCACUCAUUCUAGUGAGGUGGCAAAGGUGGCAGCUCCCGUCCCAGGUGAUACUGAACUAAUGAACUUUUAUGCAGAACUGAAUUCUUGCAAGACUAAGGCUGCGGCUUUAAGCUUGAUUCACCCCUUCUCGGAUGCUUUUGUUUCUAAGAGAAGAAACGUACCAACUAUCGCAGAUCUAUUUGACAAGAAGUACCUAGACUUCGGGUAUCAUGACCUACUCAAGGCCUGUGAAAAAAUUUCCCCAAAAAUCACUGAUGAAGAGGUGAGGCUCAUAGAGGAAGAUACCAGAAGCCAGUCAAAGGGCUCUAGCUUCUAUCGUCACAGGGCUGGGAGAAUUGGGGCAUCAAUUAGCAAAGCAGCAUGUCACACCAACCCAGCACAGCCCUCACAAUCACUUAUUAAAACAAUUUGUUACCCAAACAUUUUCACAUUUAGUACAGAGGCUACAAACAUGGUUGUAAACAUGAAAGUGCUGCUAUUGAAGCUUAUGAAAAGAUCAUGAAGGAAAAGCACAUCAACUUUCAAGUAACGAAAUAUGACACGUUUAUCAAUAAACAGUAUCCAUGGUUACAUGCCACACCUGACUUUUUGUGUUGGUGUGAUUGCUGUGGGGAUGGAUGUGGGGAGGUAAAAUGCCCCUAUUGUUUAAAGGAUACAGACUUGGAGCAGUAUAUUAACAAAUACAACUCUUGUUUGAAGUCAGAAAAUGGAGAUGCAAGUCUAAAAAGGGAACAUGCCUACUAUUACCAAACCCAACAGCAAAUAUUCACUGCUGGAAAGCUUUACUGUGACUUUGUUGUUUGUGGUUUUCAUGAGCAAAUUGAUCUCUUCUGUAAAAGAAUUUUGCCUGAUGUCAGCCACUGGCACUCUUUUGUUUCCAAACUUAAUCACUUCUGGAGAUACUGUGUGCUACCAGAAAUUCUGGGAAGGUGGUAUACUCAAAAGCGAAGUUUGUCUCAUUCAUCACCUGAUCCCAAUUCGGCUUGUUUUUGCAGACUGGCAACUGGAGGGCCUGUGGUAACAUGCACAAACCAAGCAUGCCCCAUUUCUGCUUUUCAUUUAUCUUGUUUGAAAAUUACAAAAGUACCUAGCAAGUGGUUUUGUCCCCUGUGCCAAAAA